AUGGAGGGGACGGAGGAGGCGGAGGCCAGACCUGCCGGCGGCGGCCCUCAAGAGCCCAAAAUGGGGAGCAGAACAGCCAGAUCCAUGGAGGUGACCCCUGCUAUGGAGAGAAGUGGCAGAGAGCCACAACCCAAUAAGGGACAUCUCCCAGGACCCUGGCCGUGCCCUCAAGAAGACAGAGCACCCAACCUGAUGAUCCCCCACCCUCCUGGGGCACGGGGCAUACAGCUCCAAGGACCCUCCGUGCUGGAGUCCAAGGUCAGGGCCUUGAAGGAAAAUAUGACAACAAGCAAAGAGGGGGCAAGCCCCUGCCUCACUACCCAUGAGCGGCCAUCCCCCAAGAAACCCAAAUGCCGGCGAGUCAAGAUGGGAGGGGCCAGGGCUCUGUCAGCAGGGUCUCCCUCGCCAGAUGCCGGUGUGGUCCUCCAUGCUCAGAACCCAAAUGAAGGACUGCUGGACAACAGUGUCAACAAGGAGGAGCCUGCCAGAAACGGGGGCCCCACACCUCCAAGGCCGCCCGCUCCUGGGCUUGAGUGCUAUAAUGGGAGGAGCCAGUGGACUCCAGAAAUAGCAUGGACCCUGCCGGACCAUGACAGGGGUCUGCUGCCAGGGCCCAGCUCUUUGCAGAAGAGCCCCGUCCACAGAGUCACUCCAGGCCGAACUGGGGGCCCCAGACCUUGUAACAAAAUCACCCAUGUGCCCAACCUGAGGAAAGGAAGGUCAUGCCCCCUUCAGGAUGAUCUAGUCACAGGAGGAGACCUGGACAGCUUGUCUCUGACCUCGGAGGAGGACUUUGUCCCGAGGCCACCCCUUCUGGGGGGGCUCUGGAGAACUGGAGAUCUGGGGGCUCUGGGCACUGGGCGCAGUGCCCUGCCCUUGUCUGAGCAGGUGGAGAGGAACCGCCUUCUUCUGCAGGAGAUGCUCAAUGUUGGGGGUCAAGGUCACCCCAAGGUGGGAAUCCCCGCCUGGACUCCAUCCGGGGACAGAGCUAUACCAGAGCAACCCUCUGGGGACAUGGACUGGGACUCGGGCAUCUCCCUGCAGGACUCAGACCAGAACAGGACCUUUGGACCCAAGCCAGAGCCCGUGCUGAGGAGCCCCAGGCACGAGGAAGCCAAGCACCUGCUGCAGCGUGCCCGCAUGAAGGCCAGGACCCGGCCCCUCCGUGCCAGCCAUGAUAUCAUGCCCACCAUUGACCAGGGCGGCCGGGAUGGCGGGAGGAGCCCCGCCCUGGACGGGAGGAUGCCCUUUGCCUGCAGAGACAACCUGCAGGGCGGGAGCACAAGUGACUCCUCCAGUGGGGAGUCCAGCAGCGGGCAGUGGCCGAAGCGCGGCUCCUCCCCGUCCCGCGUCCGCUUUGAGGACGAGUCGGCCCGCGACGCCGAGUCCCGCUACCUGGACCGGCUGCAGCAGCGCCAGGUGCUGAGCUCCGUGCUGCAGGUGGCGGACCAGGGCCCCUUGCGCUCCAAGCCCCACCUUGCCGACUACAUCGCGGGGGGCCUCCAGCGCAGGGAAGCCGGCGAAGCGGCUCUGCACAAGCUCCUGGGCCACCCGGACCCAAGGGCCUUCUCCGCACCGCCGCCCACACGGGGCAGCGAGAGGAUGUGCCCAGCCUGCGGGAGCUGCAUCGAGGACCCCCGCCCUGCCCUGGGGAAGACAGCUCUGGACCCCGGGGUCCUCCGGGAAAGGGAGGCUGCCUCUGGGCUGGAGGGGGUGCUGGCAGAACCCCUUAGCUCUCGGGGCCUGAGCGCCCCCUUCAGGCCCCUCCCCACCGAACAGAGGCUCCGCACCGAGCUAAUCCGGGAGACACACAUCGGAGACUCUGUGCGCCGGGAGGAGGUGGACUCCGCCCUGGACAGCACCGACACCUCGGACAGCUGCAGGACCGACAGCGAGGAGGCUGGGGCCUCUCAGCCCAGCAGGGCCCGCGGCAGCAGCCCCCGGCUGCGGGGCUCCAGGCCGCGUGGGGGCCACAGGUGGUUCCGGAAGGUGGAAAGGGAGCUGUCGGGGAGCCCUCCGACCCCGCCUGGGGUUGAUCUGCUGGAGGUUUCAGAUGAGGUGAAAGAAGGCAGAGGACACACGCGUGAGGGGACUUUGUUCCCCCCAGGAGACCCUUUCUCCCAGCCUUGUGUGCAGGCCUCGGAGAGGGCCUCCCUGGCGCCCCAGGGGCAGCCGCAACCAGGACUGGGAAAUCACUGGGCCCCCCCUGUGGACUCCUGGGCUCUGUGUGGGAAAACCUGUGCCAAGGCCUCGUUCAGAAAGCUGGCAUCCCCGGGGCCAGGCAGACAAGACCAGGUUCUAGAAAGCCACAAGUCUCUGGAAACUGCCCCCCAGCAACAGAGUCAUGCAGAGCCUUCUGCCCCACACCAGGCCCCGAAAUUAACUGCUUCCCUUUCCCCAGAAGGCUGGCUGCCAACUCCUCCUUCUUCCAGGAAAAGCACUUCACCUGGGUCUCACAGGAAGGCACCCCGCAGGCCAGGUGACCAGGGAGAGCCCGUGGACACUCCCCUGCCUUCUUCCGCAAGUGUAGUUCCCAGGACCUGUGAGCUCAUGCCCCCACCAACCCAGCCCUGCAGCCAAGUCAGGCAUCCACUGCUGGCCCUCUCCACCAACAACUGCAACAGCGGCGUGCCUGGGGGGCUGCAGGAGUCCCGGGGAAGCACCAUCCUCGAGGGCAGGGUGGAGAAGGAUGCCAGCAGCCGGGAGCCCGAGGCACCCCUGGAGAACUGCAGAGAUGGUGUUAGCACCCUCAGCUCCAUGGGCGUCACCUUCUCCCUGGCUUUAGAGGAGCCGGAGUCCAGCCAGGAACCAGAGGGAGUCCUGCAGAGGACAGAGUCCGGUUCCGAAGGGCAUGUAUCAUCUCGAGCCCUACGGGGGGUCAGUGCAGGAGCCGGCCCGCCCUCAGCUGCCCCUCCUGACAGGAACAAGAAAACCAGCGGCAGCACCACCACCCUGGGGCUGAAAAAGUUCUUCCUGGCCCUGGGCCAGGGCACACGGCCCAAGCUGGGCAAGUCCCGCAGCUACAGUGUGGAACAGCUGCAGCCCCCUGCGCCUGGCCCGGCUUCACACGCCAGCACCCCCAAAGUGAAGAGGGCCCCAUCGUUACAAUCCCUGCAUCUGGUGUCACCCUCUCACCAACAUCAGAAAGCUGCCUCCUUUCAGAACCUCCAUUCUCUGCUGAGUGGCAAGGUGGACCGGUCCAGCCUGUACCUGGUCGGGGAGCCAGGGGACCACAGUGAAUCUGGCAGGUUCGCCAAGGCCCCUCCCCGGCGUGCACUCAGUGUGGAGGAUGUGGGGGCCCCCAGCCUGGUGCGCACAGUGGGCCGCGUGGUGGAAGUGUUCCCAGAUGGCACAAGCCAGCUCCAGCUGCAACGCUCCCCAGAGGGCACUUUUGGCUUCUGUGUGGCGUCCGGGAGUGGGCGCCGGGACUCAGGCUUCUACGUGCAGGAGAUGGCUGAUGCGCCCACGGCCAAGCUGUACUCGGGGCUGCUGGGGGUGGGCGAUGAGAUCCUCGAGGUGAACGGGGCCAAAGUCGCAGGGCUGGGAUUGGCUCACGUUAAGGAGCUCCUGGCCCACGCAGAGAGCUUGUCACUCCGUGUGCUGAGGCAGAGGCCUGUCCCACGGUGAUUCAGAGGUGCUUUGGUCCUCACUGUCACCCCCUCGGAAGCCAGGAGGCACCCCAGUGGGGGGUGACGGGAAGGCACUUCACGAAGCUGCUUGGAAGAGAAGGGUGGUGUGGAAUGCCCUGGGCCAUGGCCAGGCUUCUGUGAUUGACCACGCUAGGGAGAGGGAAGGAGCCUAUUUGUAUAUUUAAGGAUGUAAUUUAUGCAAAACAAGGAAACGAAAAUAUGGCUGCCUCUGCCUGAGGUGGGGUCGACGGCUUCCUGCACCUUUGUCGGCAGAGGGAGGAGAAAGUCAUCGAAUCGUUCCGUUGGUCCCUGAGCACUGUCUCAGCUCCAGGUCCCAUCCCACUCCUUGUGAGGGGUCCCUGCGGCUUCCAACACUCCAGAACCAAAGAGGCUGAGCUACACUGGCCUGCAGCCUGCGUUUUCAGUCUUGCUUCUCCUAGCUCCCAUUCCACACCUUCGUUCUUUUUUCAGAAAGGGCCAAAGUGUCCUAGGGUAACACUCUUGCAGACAUUGACCAACAUUUGGAACAUGUAUCUGGUGUGGGAACAUCUAGGAAAUGUGAUCUGGUAGCCAGAAUAUUAAGAAUGUUUUGUGAUAUAUAAGACUGAAGGGGAAAAAAAGAAACUGAGGCCGAAUUCAGGGAAGUGCAGCUGUAGCCCACGAGACUGGCCUGAUCAGCCCUGUCCCACCACCCUGCCCUCUGCGUCUCCCAGAGCAAGGCUGGAGCUACCAGGGCCUGGCCCAGAGGGCCUCUGUCUUCUUCUGUUGCACUUGGACACUGGCUGCAGCUGGUGCCAGAAUCCCCGGCCACACGCUCUCUGCGCAAACUCCCUGACCGCAGCUGUAGGUCAGCCAGCAGAGGGAUGGCAAAGCACAGGCCAGGGGGGUGGCCUGUCCCACCUGGUCGCUUCCCUCCUCGAGGCCUGAACACCACCCAAAGAGUUAGGACUCUGCGAAUGGAUGACCAUGUGUCUGUUUUAACUUAUUAAAAA